GCGCAGUACUGGAGGCGCGUAAACGAGGGCACUAUUAGAUUAUGUACGGUACGAAGUUAGCGCGCGCAGCUGAAGCCGUUCCGCUGUCUAACGCUAGGAGCCCAAACGGAGGCGGCGCUCAGCCUCAAAGCGACCAGAGCGGCUUAGCGCGCGCACACGUUCAACCAUUCCCCGCUCCUUCUACUUUUAUUAUAGUUAAGAGAUCCGAGCAGAUUCGAGCUCAGGCGGAGAGAUCGGAGGUCCCACUGCGAGCGUGUGUGUGUGUGUGUGUGUGUGUGUGUGGGCGGGCGCGCGCGCGCGCGCGCGUGUGUGUGUUUAUUGGAAGAGAGAGCAGCGCCUGUUUAUUUGAGCAAAGUGUUUUAACACGAGGACGCAUCAUCACUCCGGCAUAAAAGGAGACCAAAGCAUGAAGCCAGCGGCAGCGUUUUACAGAUCGAAGAUGCUCUUCUUGAUCACGAUAGUGAUGAUCGCACCGGGGAAAGGUUCCUUCAUGGAUGGGAAGAUGGCAGUCACUCAGAGAGGGGACUCUCUAGACUCAGAUGACAAACAGGGUGUUUUCCACAGAACACCAGACACAGGCAGAGAACUUCCCCUGGUCACUACAGCCCCGCCUUUCACCGACCUUAACCACCACUUUCAGUUCAAAACUAUUUCUCAACCUGAUACACGCUAUCAGGGCCAGAAACAGUUCAAAGAGAGCGGAGAUGUAGACCAUCAUCUCUUCAAGGCUCUGUUGGCUCAAGGGGCUCCUCAUGAGAAUGCAGUGCCAUUCUCCAAUGUGGCUACAGGAGCUUUCUCUGUGCAUGCUGCUAAGCUCACUGCGGGGAGCCUGGAGCAGAAUGGAGCUGCUGGAGAAACCCAGAGGCAGAGCUCCGAGGAACUGUCUACAGAAUCCCUGACCACCAUUAUCAUGCCAACUUCUGCUCCACCUCCCUGCCACACAGUUCCUGAAGAACAGUUAGGGCGUCUCCAUGCAGCAACCAAACAAGAGACUGAGGCUGUAACGACACUGGUGAUGACAGAAGAAGUGGAAACAUUAAAGACUAGAGAAAGACACAAGGGUUCUGCCACUGACGCAAGUGCAGUGACAUUGUCUGUGUCUGGGGAUCAGGAUGAUGAGACUACCACAACCACUAUUUUCACCACUACUAUUAUUACCACAAUACAGACUCCAGCUCCGUGCAGCAUCAAUUUCACAGCGCCAAGGGGCUACAUAGAGACACCAUCACAAGGCAGCUGUGACUACUCCAGCUUUGACUGCACGUACACCGUGACUGUCUACAUGGGCUACGGGGUGGAGAUUCAGGUGAUGAAUGUGAGUUUGGCUGAAGGGGACUCUGUGAGGUUUGAAGAUCUGGGAGGCUGUGAGCCAUCAGUGCUGGCUAAUGAGUCCAUCCUGAUAAAGGGCCUGGUGGUGCGCAGCUAUAGCAACCAGAUCUCCGUUCACUUCCACAGCCGACGGCCCUGCCACGGCUCCUUCCUGCUCCUCUACCAAGCGUUUGUCCUGAGCUGUAAUUUCCCUGAGCGGCCGGCCUACGGAGAUGUAACUGUCAGCAGUCUGCAUGCAGGUGGAGAAGCUUAUUUCUACUGCUUUACUGGCUACCAGCUUCAGGGUCCUUCCACCCUCACAUGCCUCAAUGCUACAACUCCGUACUGGAAUGGAAAAGAACCCAGGUGUAUCGCGGCCUGCGGUGGAAUGAUGAAGAACGCCACACUUGGCCGCAUCGUGUCUCCUGGUUUCCCCAGUAACUACAGCAACAAUCUGACAUGCAACUGGGUGAUGGAGGCUCCAGAAGGACAGCGGCUUCAUGUUCACUUUGAGAAGGUGGCGCUUGCUGAGGAUGAUGACAGGUUACUCAUCAAAAACGGGAACAACAUUGACUCCUUGACGCUCUACGAUUCUUAUGAAGUGGAAUAUUUGCCCAACGAGGGCAUCGUCAGCACCUCUAGAUACCUUUUUAUCGAAUUCACCACCGACGGCUCAGGCACCAACACAGGAGCCGCAAUCAGAUAUGAAGCUUUCGCGCCAGGGCAUUGCUAUGAGCCGUUUGUCAAGUAUGGCAACUUCACCAGCAGUGACAACAGCUACGCCGUGGGUGCAGUGGUAGAGUUUAGCUGCGAUCCUGGAUAUACGCUGGAACAAGGCUCCGUUAUCAUCGAGUGCAUGGACCCCAAAAACCCACAGUGGAAUGAGACUGAGCCUGCCUGCCGAGCGGUGUGUAGUGGGGAGAUCACUGAUUCUGCCGGAGUGGUGCUGUCUCCAAACUGGCCUGAAGCUUAUGAUAAAGGCCAGGACUGCAUCUGGGGUAUUCAUGUGGAGGAGGACAAGCGGAUCAUGCUUGACAUCCAAGUCCUCCACAUGGGAAUGAAUGACCUGCUGACAUUCUAUGAUGGAGACGACCUGACUGCUAAGGUACUGGGCCAGUACAGUGGCUCUCGGCCGCGUUUCAAGCUCUACACAUCUACAGCUGAUGUCACCAUCCAGUUCCAGUCUGACCCUGCCACCAACGUUUACGGUUACAACAAUGGCUUUGUGGUGCACUUCUUUGAGGUUCCUCGUAACGACACGUGUCCAGAGCUUCCUGAGAUCACUAAUGGUUGGAAGACUACUUCUCACCCUGAGCUGGUGCAUGGUACUGUAGUAACCUAUCAAUGUUACCCAGGCUUCGAGGUGGUGGGCACUGAAAUGCUCAUGUGCCAGUGGGACCUGACAUGGAGUGGAGACCUGCCUACCUGUGAGAGAGUGCUGUCAUGCCCAGACCCUGGCAUGGUAGAGCACAGCCGCAGGGUGAUGUCGGGUCCUCGACUGAUUGUGGGCUCCACAGUGCAGUACAUCUGCAACAAGGGCUACUCUCUGUCGGGAAACAGUCUCCUUUCCUGUUACAACCGCGAUUCCACUGGACCCAAGUGGAGUGAGAAACCACCCAAAUGCAUCUCUGAUACAUAUGAAGCCUGUAGGAACCCUGGAAUCCCAGCAUUUGGUGUCCAGGUAUCAGAGAAGCAGUUCUACCAAGCAGGAGAGAUAUUGCACUUCUCCUGCCAGAGUGGCUAUAAGCUCAUCGGAGAAGCAAAUAUUCGCUGUGUCCCCAGUCGCCCAGCGAAGUGGAGUCACCCACCUCCAGUGUGUAAAGCAGCAGCACUGGAGUAUGUAAAUGAGCGCAGGCUUGAUGUUGCCGGAACUGAUUUCAGCAUGGAAGGAGCCAAUGUAGUUUUUGCCAUCUUCAUCCCUGUAGCUAUAAUUAUGUUAAUCAUCAUGUCCAUAUACUUCUAUUUUUCAAGGGUGCUAGGCAAGACUUUUCGAUUGCCCAUGUCUGCAUCACCACAGUAUGACCAGAUCAGAGGCGAGACAGCCUUUGAGAACCCCAUCUACGAGACAGCAGACACGAGAGAGUACGAAGUCUCCAUUUAGACAUACUGCUUAUGUCCACACUGAGGACCUUAAGCCUUUCUUUGCCUUGUGGAGGUUCCCCAGCUACUUCCGCCUGUUUUCUGACCUCCUCUUAUCAUCAUCUCGCCCUUCUUGCCCCUCCACAUUUCCUCUCCUGGUCGGGUGUAAAUAUCCUGUUUGUCAGAGAAUUUCCACAAGUACUGCAAAGAGUGUGGAGAAUAUGAUCUUAUUUUUGUAGAGAUUCAAUAUCAGUGGUCUAGCAGCAGUGCUUUUACAGUUUUUAUCCGGUCAUGGAGCAAAAAAUCUGGAGAUGAAACUACUGAAAUUAAAGACUAGCUGCAUCCCAAAGUCUAGGCUGCAGCCUAGGCAGGUUCCUUUUAAUCAUUCAAUCACACAAAAUGAGAAGUAAAGGCACAAAAAGGCCACAUGAGCACACCAUUGGAGAAGCUCCACACCUGCAGUUGUGGCAUAAAUCACUAAAGAAAUUCACAUUUAAAUAUGCUUAACUAAGUAUGUUUUACACUAACUGACCAUUACAUUAUCUUAUAUUAAUUUAAAAACAUGAUAUAUGGACAGAAGCUUUACUCAUCUUCUCAUGUUUUCUAAAAUAAAAAACAUAAUAAAUUAGAUUUUAAAAAUGACAUACUUGUGCCUUUGCUUUCUGUCAUUUUCUUCAAAUUUCAGACUGCCACAAAGACUUAUGGGCUAUUGCAGGUUGAGAAGGAUACACCAGAUGCAUUCCUGAAAACUCUUGGAGUGCAGAUUGCAGCCUAGACUUCGACAUGCACCUACUGUCACCAAUCAUUUGUUGUCUCUCUAUAAUUCAUUUUUAAUUUAUUUGUUAUUAUUAUUCAUUUAAGUGUUCUAGUCUUCUUCAAAAGCACAGCGAGGCUGUAAUAAAACAUGUAGAACUGGAAUUUUGUUUUCCAUUCAUGAAUGUGACAAUAGAUCGGUCAUUCCGAUUAUGGUACAGAAAUGUUAUUUUGGAGGAAAAAAUAAACAAUCAAAUUGA